UGGCUUUUUAAAGGCGAGAGCCUGGAGGCAGUGCAGAGCUCAGGCCGGCAAGCUGGCUCUGCAUUGCCUGGCAGCCAGUGCCCACCGCAGCUGCGCCUGACCGACGGCCCUCUGGGCGCCUCUCCCGCAGUAAUGGAGACAAUGGGUGCAGACGCACUCCCUCUGACCGUGAAUUCCUCAGAAAAGCGAGACGUUGUCUGCAUUUUUGGAACAGGCGAUUUUGGGAAGUCCUUGGGAUUUAAAAUGCUUCAGUGUGGUUACGCUGUUGUUUUUGGAAGCCGAAACCCCCAGGUGUCCAGCCUUCUGCCCAGAGGAGCAGAGGUCUUGAGCUACUCCGAGGGAGCAUCAAAGUCUGACAUCAUAAUCCUGGCCGUGCACAGAGAGCAUUACAACUGCCUCGCAGAACUGGCUGACCACCUCAAUGGAAAAAUAUUGGUCGAUGUCAGCAACAACCGUAAGAUCAAUCAGUAUCCAGAAUCGAAUGCUGAGUACCUAGCUCAGUUGGUGCCAGGAGCCCAUGUGGUCAAGGCGUUUAAUACCAUCUCAGCCUGGGCUCUCCAGUCAGGAACGCUAGAUGCAAGUCGGCAGGUGUUUGUCUGUGGGGAUGAGAGCAAAGCCAAGCAGAGAGUGAUGGACAUCGCCCGCACCCUUGGACUCACUCCGUUGGAUCAAGGUUCUCUUGUGGCAGCCAAGGAAAUUGAGAACUACCCUCUGAAACUAUUCCCAAUGUGGAGGCUUCCUUUCUACAUGGCGUCUGUGCUGUGUGUUUUCUUCUUCGUGUACUGUGCUAUACGAGAAGUCAUAUACCCCUACGUGAAUGGGAAGACAGACACUACGUUUCGCCUGGCUGUGUCCAUCCCGAACCGGGUGUUUCCCGUAACGGCGCUUACCCUGCUCGCUUUGGUGUACCUCCCUGGUGUUCUCGCGGCCAUUCUGCAGCUCUACCGAGGCACAAAGUACCGCCGAUUCCCAAACUGGCUUGAUCAUUGGAUGCUUUGCCGAAAGCAGUUGGGCUUGGUAGCACUGGGCUUUGCCUUCCUUCACGCCGUCUACACACUUGUGAUUCCUAUUCGAUACUACGUACGCUGGAGACUGAGAAACGCAACCAUUACUCAGGCCCUGGCUAAUAAAGACAGCCCGUUUAGUACCUCUGCUGCCUGGCUUAGUGAUUCCUACUUGGCCCUGGGAAUCCUGGGAUUUUUUCUGUUUCUUCUCUUGGGGAUCACUUCCUUGCCAUCAGUGAGCAACAUGGUCAACUGGAGAGAGUUCAGGUUUGUUCAGUCCAAACUGGGUUAUCUGACCCUGGUCCUGUGCACAGCCCACACUUUGGUGUAUGGUGGGAAGAGAUUCCUCAGCCCCGGGAUUCUAAGGUGGAGCCUUCCUUCAGCCUAUAUUUUAGCCCUCAUCAUCCCAUGCACGGUCCUGGUGAUGAAGUUCAUCCUCAUACUGCCGUGCAUAGACAAGACCCUCACGCACAUCCGCCAAGGCUGGGAAAGGAACUCACAACCCUCGAAAUCAGCGCUGAACGGAAAACCAGAUAUUUAGAAGAAAGUUGAAUUUGUGGAAAUUUCUGAACUAUUACAGUGAAUGUUUAGAGAAUAAGUGCCCAAUUAAGAAAGCAUUCUCUCUUGUCAUGGUCGCAGGUGUAUCCUCACUAAAGGAAGUGUUGCCUGACUUUGAAAGACUGACAUAGGAAGCAAGCCCCCACUGCCUCUUCUCAUGUAAUGACUCACCGCAGGCCUCCCUCACUUCCCUUCCCAGGAACCCUGGGGCGACCACUGGGCGACCAUAGUUUCACACUAUGAAACGUUGUAGUUAUGGGCAACAUACAUGAUGUAAUGUUUUGCAAAAUGCUGGAAGAUUGUGUGCAACUUCCUUCUCUAAUUCAAGGGCUGAGGUAAGAGAGAAAAAAAAGAAACACUGGCCAGUCAUCCUAGAGGUGUUGCUUGGCUCACCUAAAGAAGAGGCCGGGAAGAAGGAGAGGCAAGGAGGGUUUCCUUGUUUGUUGUGAGGGUGGUGAUCAUAAGUAUUGUCAUACUGAUCUGGGGUAUUUUUGGUUUGGGUGUAGUGCUGAGGAUCAAACCUAGGGUCUUAUGCAUACAAAGCAAAUGUAAUGUUACUGAGUUACACCCCAGCCCUGCCAUAGUGAAUAUGUAGCCAUAUGUAAUCCUUAAUUUUGUUUUUAACAAUAUGGAUAUUUACUAUGGGGAAAUAUUUUAUAACUCAACAAAAAUAUCUCAAUUUUUUUAAAGUACCCAUUCCUUGGAUGUAUGGAAAUCUAUGCAAUUGUCACAACACUCCUCGUCUGAAAGAAAUGGGUUGAGGAAAGUCUGGGUAACUAUAGAGAGACCCAUUGGAUUUUUCAAUGUACAGUAAGCAAGGGAAGGGCUGAUAAUGGCUUUGUGCAAACUGUCAGAUAAGCCAGAUUUUUAGCUAGUAAGCUAAACAAAUACUAUGACUUUUCACUGUGCCGUUUGUUAUUAUUUAGAGAUUGCGGUAUGCUUUCUGUAUUAUAUCAUCUAAAUAUAGCUCAAUAUUAAGCACCUGUGAAAUUAAUUUCCAGUAUAAAGAUAUAGCUCCCCAAACCCGUCUUUGUUACAAUUUUAAGGGGUGAAGUCUUAAAGAAAUGAUCUGAAACUGUUGGUGUGCCAAAAGCAUAGCUGAGAAAAUUGUGGAACACUAGGAGGAGCCGCGGCGGAUGGGAUGUAGCCAGCUCUGGCUUCCAGUGUGGAUAGUGCCUUUCCCAAGGUGACCUUUAGCAGGCUUAGCAUCCUAGCUCUAGCCUGGAGCUAAAAGGAGAUUUUUGCACAGUCUUCCCACAUGUCACUGAAAUAACUGAAAGGCAUUGGGUUUGACAUUUUUCCGCCUAAUCUACAAAGGCUGUUUAUUUUUCAUUUUGUUGGCUUUUAUUAUCACAUAUCAUACAUGAUGUCAUAUACUGCUCACAAUCCAGGGUUUUUUUAUAUAAAGCUUAUAUUAUAUAAAAACGGGCAUUUCUUUUACUAUUGCUCUGAUAGAACAUGUAGGCUAUAUCCAGUUUUUGCUAAAAUGACAAUUGAGGUAAUGUCUUUGUACUAACGAUAUAUUUCUAUGUUUUCAAUUAUUUCCUUAGAAUAUUUUCUAAAUGUUAAUAGCAUAACAUUAAAGAAUAUUUGAUAAAAUUU